AUGGUAAUCUCAUCGAAUCAAACAUCAUCUAUAAUCCAACCAACAACUGUAAAUCCGCCACCAAAUGAUUUAGAUUGGUAUCCAUUUCAUCCUGGUCAAUGUCCACCACCAUAUUAUGUUAUUUUACAAGGUGUUUGUGCACCAUUAAUUAUUAUAAUUUCAACUGUAUUAAAUUCAUUAAUCACUGUUGUUUUACUUCAAAAACAACUUCGUUCACCAACAAAUAUUCUUCUUCUUGCUAUUGCACUGUAUGACACACUUACAGGAUUAUUUCCUUUUCCAACAUAUAUAUAUUUGUUUACAUUUAAAAAGUGUGAUGAUUACAUGCCUUAUAAUUAUGGGUGGUUUCAUCGAAUUAAUUCUGAGGUGCUUCCGUUUACAUUUCAUACAUGCUCAAUUUGGGUGACUGUUGUCUUAGCUAUUCAACGAUAUAUAUAUGUAUGUCAUUCGGAAAAGGCUAAACAAUGGUGUACUGUACGAAUGGCUCUUAAGGCAGUAGCAUGUGUGAAUGUCUUAGCACUUAUUGUUGCAAUACCAAUGUUUGUUGAAGGUACAUUUCAUCCGAUAGCAGUUCAUUCAUUAAAAGAUCCAAACAAAAUUUUUAAUGGUUUUCGUGUGCGUGAUUACUCCAAAGACCCAAGAUUCAGUACAUUAUAUUCUGUUUAUUCGGUAUUACGUGCUUUAUUAAUUAAUGUUGGUCCAUGCACGAUACUUGUUAUAUUAAAUGCUAUACUCGUCGAACGUAUGAAAGAAGCAAAACAAAAUCGGGAUAGACUUAUGAGAAAACGCAGUCAUGAAGCUCGUGCACAAGAACAAACCAGUGUUACAUUAAUGCUUGUUAUUGUAGUCACUAUUUUUUUAAUUGUUGAAAUUCCAAUGGCACUUCAUUUGAUUAUAUCUGGUUUAUUAAGCUUGUUAAAAUCAGACUUUUUAUCAACAUUUCUAAGGCUUUCUGCUCAAUUGCUUAAUUUUGCUGUUUUAUUAUCGUAUCCAAUUAAUUUUUUUAUCUAUUGUCGUAUGUCAAGAGCAUUUCGAGAGGCAUUUACAGAACUGGUAUGUCCAUCAAAGAAUCAAUCUAGACAAAGUCGAUUACCAUCAACAACACGAUUAAUUACUAAACCAUAUAAUAACAAUGAUAAUUAUAAUCAUCUUGAAAUUAAUAAUACAAAUAUCGAAAUGAAACAUUCUGCUAUAAAAAUUCAACCACCAUCAACUGUGAUAUUCAAUCAGACAACAAAUGAAGCACUCAUCCCAUUAACACCAUCGAUGACUUCUCUACAUCUAAAUCAUAAUGGAAAAAAGCCUUCAACCGACUCAAUAAGCAAACAGCAUGUAAUUUUUCGCAAUGAUUUCCCCAUAUCAGCAACUACGAAAUUUAGUGAUUUGUAG